ACAAAUAAUUUAGUUUUGAUCAUCAAUAAAUAACAAGGUAUUUAUAAAAAUAGGAAUUAGUAUAUUGAAGCAAUCUUUUUUAAGAAAAAAGCUGUAUUUAGCACAAAGCAACUAAAAAGUAAAGGUAAAAGUUUAGUAAAAUAACUAAAAAAGUUAAGAACCAGUCAAUUAAAUAAUGAGUGUCAAGUAAACUAAGAAAUAAAUUGCUAACCUAGUUGUAGACUGUAGCAUGAAGUACGUCAGUGUGAUGAAAUUUUUUGAUCUCAUGAAGAUCUAACAAUAAGACUAUGCAGAUUUUACAUAUGCAGGAAAUGGAGCAUUUGCAUUUGUGCUUAAAGCAAAUAACAAAAAAAUAAACUAAAUUGUAGCUCUCAAAGUCGUUGAAUGCGAUAGUAAUAAUAUAGCCUUAAUGGAGUAAGUGUAGAAAGAAUAUGAACUGCUCCAAUAACUAUCUAGUAAGUACAUCGUUAAGGUAUUUAAUAGUUUCUUUUUAACAGUAGAAGAUAACUCUGAUGAUGAUGAAAGCAAUGAUGAGGAGGAAAAAACUGCUGAAAGUAAAAUUAAAAAGGAGAAAAAUGAGAGAAAGAUUUUCUUUGUAAUAGAACAAGAAUUCUGCUAAAAAAACCUUGAAACUUACAUCUAAGAAUACAGAUAAAAGAACCUUGAACUAUCAAAUCAAGAAAAAGAAAUCAUGGUUAUCUAAAUGCUAGAUUCUGUAGCUUAUCUACAUAGAUUUGAUAUUGUUCAUAGAGAUAUUAAACCUUCAAACUUUUUGCUUUCUUUUGAUUAGGACGGACUUCCAAUAAUCAAAAUAUGCGAUCUAGCUUUUGCUUCACCUCUCAAGUAUAAUAAAUCAAAAAUCACUUUCUCUUAAUUAAAAGGAACCGAGGUUUAUUUUGCACCAGAAAUUGAAAAAAGAAUACAGAAAAAAGAGUCUGAUGUUUUCUCACUAGGAAUUGUUUUUCUGGAAUUAGAUAACAUAAAUACAUUCGAUAUUUGUGGUACUACAAACGAGGACAAACUUAAAAUUAAAGAUGGAAAUAUCUUCUCAAACUAUUAAAUUAAUAGGUAAUCUUCAAUUUACAAGAUAGCGCAACAGUGCUUAAAUUACUACAUAGAUAAUCGUAAAUCUGCGAUUUAAUUGUUAAUUGAAUUUAUACGUUAGAACUAGCAAUAUAUAAACAUUACUCUCUAUUCUGUGAUUAAUAAAUCACAAUUAAAGUAAGAAUCAGAGCAAAUAAGUUAAAUUGAAAAAGGUUCUAUAGAAUAAUAGUAAAAAAAAUAAAGCUAGAUCUAAGAAAUUUCCUAAUAUAGCAAUUCACAAUUAAAGUAAGAAUCAAAGCAAAUAAGUGAAAUUCAAAAAAUUUCAAUCGAAUACUAGUAAAAAAAAUAAAACCAGAUUUAAGAACUUUUCUAAUUUGGCAAUUCACAAUUAAAGUAGGAAUCAGAGCAAAUAAGUUAAAUUCAAACAAAUUCUAUCCAAAAAUUGUAAAAAAAAUAAGGCUAGAUAUAAGAACUCUCCUAAUAUGACAAUUCCCAAUUAAAGUAGGAAUCAGAGCAAAUAAGUUAAAUUCAAAAAAGUUCUAUCGAAUACUAAUAAAAAAAAUAAAGCUAGAUCUAAGAACUCUCCAAAUAUGGCAAUAACUAGUAACAUCUUGAAAAGCUAAUGAAGGUGUUUAAUUAGUUAAAAUAUAAACCCAUCAAGGCAGAUGAAUAUGAAACAAUUCUAAAGAUACUCUAAAAUAAUCCUAAGUAUGAAAGUGAAUUAGAAUUUAUUUCAUUUGGUGGAAAAGGUUUGGUUAUGGGAGCUUUCAACAAAUCUCAGGGAAGAAAAGUAGCAUUGAAAAUUCAGAAACUUUAAUCUAAGCAUGAAGUUGUUCGAGAAGUUGGAAUCAUGAGAGACUGUUAAAUGCCUCUUGUGAUUAAAUUUUAUGACUUUUUCUAUAUGUCUGUAAAUAGCAAAGAUGAUUUUGUUGUUUUUGAAUUAGAAAAGUGUACAGGUAACUUAAAGCAAUACUUAGAGAGACUUAAGGAAAAAGAGAUCUUAUUGAGUGAAAGCUAGAAGAUGAAGAUUGCUGUUUAAAUUAUUGAUGUUAUCAACUAUCUUAAUUGUAUUUAGAUUGUUCAUGGAGACAUCAAGUUAGAUAAUAUUCUUUACAUUGAUAAUAUGUAGGAUGUUCCCACUAUUAAACUAGCUGAUUUUGAUCAAUCUAGAAAAUUACCUUGCGGAUUUAUAGGUGUUUUAGAUAAAAAACAAGUUUUUGAUUACACUCCCGCUUAAGGAAUUUAUGGAACCAUAGGAUAUAAUUCACCUGAAUUUUUUGAUAAAUAAUAAUAUACAUUAGAGUGCGAAAUAUUCUCAGUUGGAGUUUGCCUUGCUCUUCUAGAUAAUUUUGAGAAACUAGAACCUGUUAUUUUGAAAAAAGCCCUUGAUCAUUAGAAUGGAUUCUAAAUUCCCUUUGAACCAAGUAUCAACUUCAAAGACGAAGUUAUUAAUAGACAAGGUUAGAUUUAUGAAAUCAUAUUUUAAACAGUCGUCUUUAAACCACAAUAAAGAAAGUCUUUAUCUUAAAUUCUCUUAAAUUUGGAAAAACAAGGAUACUCUUAUUACUCUUAAAUACAUUAUUCAACUUAAUCUGCACUAAAAAACUUGAAAAAUUGCAAAAUACUCACUCUAGAUUAUUGUAGCAACAACUUAGGUUCAGAUGGGGCGAAAGCAAUUGCUUCUGAAAUAGCUAAAUGGACUAAUCUCUCCACUUUAAGCCUCGACCUUGAUCGCAACAACUUAGGUUCAAAUGGGACGAAAGCAGUUGCUUCAGAAAUAGCUAAAUGUACUAAUCUCUCCACUUUAAGUCUUUCGCUAUAUCUCAACAACUUAGGUUCAGGUGGGGCGAAAGCAAUUGCUUCUGAAAUAGCUAAAUGGACUAAUCUCUCCACUUUAAGCCUCGACCUUGAGUGGAAUAAUAUAGGUUCAGAUGGGGCGAAAGAAGUUGCUUCCGAAAUAGCUAAAUGUACUAAUCUCUCCACUCUAAACCUCAACUUUGAGUCGAAUAAUGUAGGUUCAGAUGGGGCGAAAGAAGUUGCUUCCGAAAUAGCUAAAUGUACUAAUCUCUCCACUUUAAGCCUCAACCUUGAUGUCAACAACUUAGGUUCAGAUGGGGCGAAAGAAGUUGCUUCCGAAAUAGCUAAAUGUACUAAUCUCUCUACUUUAAACCUCAACCUUAGGUGGAAUAAUAUAGGUUAAGAUGAGGCGAAAGUAGUUGCUUCUGAAAUGGCUAAAUGGACUAAUCUCUCCACUUUAAGUCUCAACCUUGAUCUCAACAACUUAGGUUCAGGUGGGGCGAAAGUAUUUGCUUCCGAAAUAGCUAAAUGUACUAAUCUCUCCACUUUAAGCCUCGACCUUGAGUCGAAUAAUAUAGGUUCAGAUGGGGCGAAAGAAGUUGCUUCCGAAAUAGCUAAAUGUACUAAUCUCUCCACUUUAAGCCUUGACCUUGAGUCGAAUAAUAUAGGUUCAGUUGGGGCGAAAGAAGUUGCUUCUGAAAUAGCUAAAUGUACUAAUCUCUCCACUUUAAGCCUCGACCUUGAUCUCAACAACUUAGAUUCAGAUGGGGCGAAAUUAGUUGCUUCCGAAAUAGCUAAAUGUACUAAUCUCUCCACUUUAAGUCUCAAACUUGGAUAGCUUAUCUAAACAAUGGCAACAUUAAUUUAUAAACUCCUUUUCCACAUUUCAGAAUCAUUUAGUCUUAAUAGCAAAGCUAUAGGUAACUUUGUUGCAGAUAAUAGAGAUUUAAUUACUUUAGCUUAUUGGCAUAAAAUUAUUUCAUUAAAAUCAAUAAAUUCUCCAUCAAUUUGGGGUGAUUAACCAUAAUAUCGUCCCAGUGAUAAUGGAGAAUAGUUAUCCUUACAUUCUUCUAAUAGUUAUGUGACUAUCUUAUUAUCUUCUCUACAUACGGGUGAAUCAAAAUUUAUUCAACAAAGGGAAAAGCAUCUCUGGAAAUUUUGGUCAUGA